AUGGUCGGAAAGAGAAGCAAAAGACUCAGACAAAGUGAAGCAGGGGCGGAAGGAAAUCUCGAUAUGUCUAACUCGAGUAAUGCUACGGUGCCUGUUGAUAAUCCAGCUAACAUGGAUCUUUCAAUGUAUGAAGAGCUAACCACUCGGUGCAAUGAAUUAGAACAGCGUUGUGCUACUCUUGCUGAACGAUAUGAGAACUUGCUACAGGAAGUUAGCCCUCAUAAUUCUUCUAAUCUAACGCCUAUCACCCCGACUGUAGAAUGCGUAGUUCAUAGAGAUUCUGUACCGCAUUUUAAAGCAGAAGUAUCUGCAGCUUUCCCUCUAAAAAGGAAUCAAGAAGUAGAGUCGUGGCUGAGAGCUAUAGAAAAUAUUGUGAAACCCGCUAAUGAUGGAGCUUACAUUCGCGCAGCGAGAGCUUCUUGCAGAGGGACUGCAGAUCUAAUUAUAAAUUCGCCAAUUUUUGAUGGUAUCACCAUCUGGUUAGAUUUUAAGGCGUUGGGACUUCCACACUGGUUAAGAGAAGCCUUGGCUUUAAAAGAAGACGAUUCUUUGCCCUCCCUCGUAGAUGCAGCACAACGCAUUUGGAACCUGCGCAUGACUACUACCAGAGAUGGACCUUCAGUCCCAAAUACUCAUGAUUCCCGACCAAGUGCAGAUUGCGUCAGAGGCCUCUUAGAUGCUUCAAUUGUCAAGGAACAGGCCAUUUUGCCAGGCAGUGUCCCUUUUCGCCGCCUCACGGCCGGACAUGGUCUUCACCAGCAUGUGAGGGGAUUCAUACAGGGAGACCAAUUGAACAGAGACAAAGAUCUGAAAACCAAACACCAGGCCCACAAAAUAAUGGUUCUGGAGAACCAAAAUAACCGUGGUCGUCCUCUUGUUCAGAUGCAUGUAAAUGGUAUAUUGUGUACUUGUUUCUUAGACACUGGUUCAGAGGUCACUAUCAUAAGCGAGAGUGCGAGUAGAAGGCUGAAUAUCCAGUCAAUUACCCCAACUGGACGGACAUUUAAGGGUGCUUCAGGUGCCAUAUUUAGUGGUCAGGGGGAAACAAGUCUACAUUUUUCCAUAGAGGACGGUGUGCAGUGUAUCCACCCAGUGAUAGUUUUUGAAGAUAUAACAUUCCCAGGGGACGUGUUGCUAGGCAUAGAUUUUGUUCGUAGGUUCAACUUUCAGUUUGUUGCCAACCACACCCCGCCUGGGAAUUACAUGUCUUUUGAUGAUGUAAAAGUGCCCUUUUGGUUUUCCGAUCUUACUUCUCUGGGUAUCAGAAUUAUAAAUUCCACAUGUAAACAACCCCAAUAUGUACUUGAACAACAGAGUUCUGUGUUGUCAGUGAUGUAUACCAUGACUUGUCCACCCAAGUCGGGAUGUUUUGUGAAGACAAAGGUGCCCAAGGAAUUCGCUAAUCCAUGUGGAUUUGUGCAAGGAAAGACUGCAAGGGUAUUGGUUCCCAGAAGUAUAGUAACUGUGAAUGAUGAUAGUGCUUUGGUAUGGAUAAUCAAUGAUAAGACUCGUCCAGUCACCCUGCCAGUGGGAAUGAGUUUGGCCAGUGUAUCAGGGAUUGAUAAUGUUUAUUCAAAUAAUGACUCGGUCAACAUUCCAGGUGGUGCUGAACAUAGUGAUACUGUGACUUGGGAGGACUUCACUGAUGAAUUUGAUGAACACUAUGGUAUUGGUGACUUUGGCUAUUCACACAACGACUUUGAUAUCUUUCCACCGGUAAGCAUGGAUGUGUAUAAUAUUGAGACUCCUUCUGGGGUGAAGGGAAUAAUUCCAAAGGAGAGCCUGGAACAUCUAGGAACAGUGAGACGUGAGAUGUUAUUUAAGGUCUUGGAGAGGCAUUCUAAUCUCUUUGAUGAGGAUGCCCCUCUAGGGUGUAUCCCAGACAUUAACCACAAUAUCAUAACUUCAGAUGGGCCCAUCCGUACCCGACAGUGGAGGCUUCCAGAAAGUGCACGAGACACCAUACGGCAAGAAUGCGAAGCAAUGUUGCGCGAGGGUAUAAUCGAGCCUUCUACCUCACCAUGGCUCUCUCCUGUGGUCCUGGUGCGGAAGAAAGAUGGAGGAAUAAGGUUUUGUAUAGACUUUCGUAACCUUAACAAGAUUACGAGAGCCGACUCUUACCCAAUGCCUAGGCUUGAUGAAACUAUAGACAGACUAGCAGGCACUCAUUGGUUCACUGCUUUAGAUGCCAAAUCUGCCUAUUGGACAGUGGAGGUCAAUAAAGGUGAUCGACAAAAGACUGCAUUUACUGAUGGUUACCGUCUUUUUCAGUUCAAGAGAAUGCCUUUUGGCCUGGCUACUGCUCCUUCCACCUUCCAGAGAGCAAUUAAUGCCGUAUUACACCCCGUCUUGGGGAGACACACCCUCGCAUUUUUGGAUGAUGUCGUUGUGGCCUCUAGAAAUUUUGAUGAACACCUCCAGCAUCUUGAUGAAACUAUGGGUCUAUUAGCUAAGGCUGGAUUCAGGCUCAAUCUGAAAAAGUGUAAAUUUGCAGUGAGAACCUUCAAGUUUUUGGGUCAUUUAAUAACCCCAGAUGGAGUCCUUCCAGAUCCAGAUAAGGUGAAGGCCAUUUUGCAAAUGACAGCCCCACAGACGGUGAAGCAAGUACGCCAGUUCCUGGGAGCAACAGGCUUCUUCAGAAAGCAUGUCAAGGAUUAUGCCGCUGUAGCUGCUCCUUUAUCUUCACUGCUGAAGAAAUGGGCAACAUUCCACUGGGGACCAAAGCAGCAAGCGGCUUUUGAAGCUUUGAAAUGUAAAUUGGCUUCAGAACCAAUCCUCAAACAGCCUGACUUUGAUCGUCCCUUUGAGGUACAUUGUGAUGCUUCAGGUGUGGCAAUUGGUGCCUGCUUAAUCCAAAGAGAUGACCAAGGUAAACCUCACGCUGUAGCCUAUUUUUCCAGGAAACUUCGAGAGGGAGAGAACAAGUUCCCGACUAUUGAUGUGGAGGCCCUGGCGGUAGUUGAAGCUGUAAGAACAUUUGAUUCAUAUCUAUACGGUAGGCCCUUUGUGAUUGUGACUGAUCACCGCCCACUUGUCCAUAUAUUUUCUCGAAAGACAAAGUCCUUGCGCAUGACUCGUUGGAGCCAUGAACUUUCAUUUUACAACUAUAAGUUGAUAUACAAACCUGGUGCCUCACAUCAUGUACCUGAUCUACUAAGUAGAAAGAUUUCAUCAAUUGAUGAGAUAUUGGAUCCUCAGACUGUCGCUGCUGCACAACAGGAAGAUCCAUUAUGGAGUGAGAUUCGCGAUUACCUUCAGGAACGGAGGGUGCCCCGACAGAGGAUUCCGCUCAACCUGGAAGAGUUUGAAAUGAGAGACAAUCUCCUAUACCAUCUCCGUGUCCUUCCAGGAAGGGUUAUCAACCAGCUGGUUAUUCCACGUGCUCUACGGACCAGGGCUCUGGAUGCUAUCCAUUCAGACGCAGCCGCCGCUCAUCCAGGGAUAUUCCGGACUUAUUGUCGUCUCAGGGAUCAUUAUUACUUCCCUCAAAUGCUAGCAGAGACCAAAAAGUAUGUGAGUUCUUGUCUAGUGUGUCAACGUAGAAAAGGCCGUGCUGGAAGAAGGGCUCCACUAGCUUCUAUGCCUGAAGUCUCUCAGCCAAUGGAAAGGGUAUCGGUCGACCUGAUAGAUUUGAUGGGAUCUACCCAGGGUAACAGGUAUGUCUUGGCAAUCAUUGACCACUUUACAAGAUACUUGCAGCUAAUUCCCUUGCCAAACAAGGAAGCCCAGACUGUGGCUGAUGCAUUUAUCAAGGAGUAUGUAACAUUAUUUGGUCCACCCCGUCUGUUGGUAGCAGAUAAUGGGAGAGAAUUUCAUAAUCGACUGUUUUCUCAGGUCUGCCAGAUAAUCCAGACCAAACGCACUACACAACUCGGUAUCAUCCUGAGGCAAAUGGAAUGA